GAUAUAUAAGGAUGGGAACUCAGUUAGUGGCCUGUAUAUGAUCAGACCGGACCAGGCUCCCUCCUCUUUCAUGGUGUUCUGUGACAUGAGUGAUGGAGGAGGCUGGACUGUCUUCCAGAGGAGAAAGGACGGAACGGAGUCCUUCGACAGGCGACUACAACCUAAAGAUCAACAUGGAGGACUUUGACGGAAACCAGCGCUUCGCCAAGUACAAAAACAUGAAAGUGGAUGAUGAAAAGAACCAGUAUAAGCUUCAUCUGGGUGAGUACACUGGCAAUGCGGGGGACGCCCUCCCCGAAGCCCACCCCUCUCCCAGUGGGCAGUGGAACAGUCUAGGGGCCGGUCAACAGGGAGUCAAGUUCAGUACCUACGACCAUCCCAACAAGGACGAUGAGAAGUGUAUCCGCCAUGACAUGUCAGGGUGGUGGUUCAGCAAGUGUGAGUCUGGCAACUUGAACGGUCACUACUACAACGGGUCGUACCAAGCGGUGAUGGAUGACGGGGUGGUCUGGUACACAUGGCACGGCUGGUGGUAUUCAAUCAAAUCCGUAGUCAUGAUGAUCCGGGCCUCCGACGUCCAUCCGGCUGGAUCCAACUGACCAGAACGCCAGACGACAUCGAUCCUGUUAGAGUUUUGCCUCAAUUAGGAUAGGCUAAAGGUGGCGUUACGUCAUAGAGAACAUCCAAUCAUAACAAUUUUGAUGCUAAUUGAGGUAAAACAGUAAUUCUGCUCAUAGAUUAUUAAAGGAUUACAUUUAUUUUCAUCGUCAAUUGCACACCAAAAAUGUA